UUCUUUUUUUUAAAUAAAGUUAUUUCAAUUCAAACAAAAUGGCAGCGCCCUGUGGUCCACCCAUGUUGUUAGACUAGCUGCUAAUGUGAACGGAGCAUUCAUUUAAUAAGAGAAGAAAAAGGAAAGUCAUUUUGCUGUAUUAAAAAUCAGGAGGUAUGGCCACUGCAGGAAAGCCAGGUAAAAAGGAAAUCAAAAAGUAUAUUCCAGUCAAGACCUCCUUCACUUCACCAUUCAGUCCAAAAUGGGGCCAACUUCCUCAAGAAGACAUGCAUUUCAUCCUGAAAACCCUGAAGGACAAGCUGGGUUCCACGGGUCUUGAGAAAAAAGAGGUGAAAGUGUUUCGCCCGUGGAGGAAAAAGAAUGACCAGAAACCUUCUGCCACAUCAGAACUUGUUCCCCAGGUGAGCCAGGACGGACAGGUGCAGGAUUCUCCCAAAAACGGCUGGACAGAUGUGGCAACUAGGAGACAACUGGCCAUUGGCAUCAAUGAGGUCACCAAAGCUCUGGAGAGGAACGAGCUCAGACUUGUGCUUGUGUGCAAGUCUGUCAAGCCGAAACACAUGACGGAUCACCUGAUAGCGCUGAGCGCAACCAGAGGCGUGCCGGCCUGCCAGGUGCCUCGUCUGAGCCCGAGUGUGUCCGAGCCGCUGGGGCUGAAAAGUGUCCUCGCUCUGGGGUUCAGACGGUGUGCCUCCAAAGAUGAUGAGGUGUUCACUGACACUGUUGAUGCCAUUACACCCAGAGUGCCCCCACUGGAUGUUGCAUGGCUACAAGGUGCAGCACCCAGAGUAACACCCAAAGACCCCGUUGACAUGGAAGAGGAGGAGGAAGUUGGUAAGAAGAAGGGCCAAAAAAGAAAACUUGAGAGUGAAUCUGAGGUUGUCACAGAAUCUGCCUCUUCCUGCACUCUGCAGCCUCUCAAAGUGAAAAAAAUAGUUGUUAACCCUGCAAAGAAAAGAAAAAAGGUUAAGUCAUAGCCAGUCAAAUGAAACCGAGACUCUGCCUAGAUAUUAAAAGGACCAUUCCUAUGUUUUUUUUCCAUGUUUUAGCCCACUGGUUUCCAAUGAUUUUUUUGGGGGGCUUUUGACAACCUAAAAAGAGUCUGCUUAUGUCCCUUUGUCACAUGGUAUUGCCUCAGUGUGGACACAAGUAUAUGUUUUUUUCUUUAAGGACUUUUACAGGCCUGAAGAGUUGAAAAUAAAUUACAUUUCACCUCUUGA